CUGUCCUAGAGAUGAGAUGCUAUUUUCUUAGAUUAACGUUGUACUAUCUUUAUAUGCUGCAGUAUCUGUAUUUUGAAUCAUCAACCGGCCAGAUGGGGGUGGAACAAGGGCACGGCACUUCUGACGAACUAAUGCCUCCAGUUGAGAAGGAUAUUUCUGCCGACUUGGAUUUGAAAGUAAAGAAGUAUCUUCGUGGCGAGGGUGCUAAUUUGGAGGUUUUGCAAGAUAAAAAACUGAAAGGACAACUUGCACUUAGAGAAGAACUGUAUGGAAAAUCUGCGAAAGCUGCUGCCAAUGCUGAAAAGUGGCUUAUGCCAAGUGAGGAAGGCUACUUGGAGGCUGAAGGUCUAGAGAAGACAUGGAGGAUCAAACAAGAAUCAAUUGUUCGUGAAGUAGAUCUAUUGAGCUCAAGGAAGCCAUUUGAUAUGGUUUUACCAGAGCUAGGCCCAUACACACUGGACUAUACCUCAAGUGGUCGUUACAUGGCAGUUGCUGGACGCAAGGGCCACCUGGCAAUCAUAGAUAUGAAAAACAUGGGCCUAAUUAAAGAGUUUCAGGUUAGGGAAACAGUUCGUGAUAUUGUUUUCUUGCACAAUGAGCUAUUCUUUGCUGCCGCGCAGAAAAAGUAUCCAUAUAUAUAUAACAGGGAUGGUACAGAACUUCACUGUCUUAAGGAACAUGGUGCAGCGGUAAAACUUCAGUUUCUGAAGAACCACUUCCUCCUCGCAUCAAUAAACAAAUUCGGUCAGCUUCAUUACCAGGAUGUCACGAUGGGUGGAAUGGUGGGUAACUAUCGGACUGGUCUUGGCCGUUGUAAUGUAAUGGAGGUGAAUCCCUUCAAUGCUGUUGUAACAUUGGGUCAUUCCUGUGGCAAAGUCACCAUGUGGAAGCCCACCAGUUCUGCUCCUCUUGUUAAGAUGCUGUGCCAUCAUGGACCCAUCUCUGCAGUCGCCUUUCACCCCGGAGGCCAUCUAAUGGCUACAGCGGGCAUGGAGAGGAAGAUAAAGAUUUGGGAUUUGAGGAAAUUCGAAGUUCUCCACACGUAUUCAGGCCAUGCCAAGACAUUGGAUUUCAGUCAGAGAGGCUUACUUGCUAUUGGAAAUGGAUCACGCGUACAGAUAUGGAAAGACUCAUCUGGAGCCCAGGACUAUGGCCGUUACAUGAGUCAUUCAAUGGUAAAAGGUUAUCAGAUAGGAACUGUGUUGUUCCGACCCUAUGAGGAUGUUGUGGGUAUUGGGCACUCCAUGGGUAUAUCAUCCAUUCUAGUCCCAGGAUCUGGAGAACCCAAUUUUGAUUCCUGGGUGGCAAACCCAUUCGAAACUUCUAAGCAACGGAGGGAGAAAGAGGUGCAUUCUCUUCUGGACAAGCUUCCACCAGAGACAAUCAUGUUGGAUCCCACUAAGAUAGGUACUGUGAGACGAGCAAGGAAGAACGAAAAACCAACAAAGCAGGAGAGAGAGGCUGAGAUGGAAGCAACCGUUGCUGCUGUGAAAAGCAAGACCUUCAAGAAGAAAACAAAAGGGAGGAACAAGCCAAGUAAACUGGUGACAAAGAAGCAGGAAGAGGUUGUAAGAGCCAAGAGGCCUUUUGUGGAACAACAAAUGAGGGAAGAGCAACAGAAACUAAAGAAGCAGAGAAUAAGUGAGGACAACCAGCUCCCCAAAUCUCUGCAGCGGUUUGCUCGCAAGAAGGCAACAUGAUUUGUUGUUUUUCUUAUUUUACAUGUUAGAACCCAAGUAAUUUAUCCUUCCCAGCUCCCCAAUUUAGGAGG